AUGUCACCUCCAUCGUCACUCUAUCUCCAACAAGAACAUGAACAUAGACGACGUAUACGGACACGAACCUAUGAUACCCCCACGCGUAAUUCCUCACUGGCAUCAACUUUUCGCUCUCCAACCAUCAAUAUUAGUGUCGACUCGUUAGACAAACCACAACUUACUAAUCAAACUCAACAUCGACCACAUCGACCACAUCAAUCCCACCAUUCUCGCUCUCCAUCCCACUCCACUCGUAAUACAUCAGAAACACCUGCAUCGCACUCCAGAUCUCCCGAUGCAUUUCCUCCCACGACAAGCCUAACAUCCGGUUAUCCUUCCGCUCCAACUCGUCUCCCUCCUUCUCCUCCUUACACUACUUUCUCCCCAGCAGACGUAUCAAGAGCUUCUACACUCAUUUCCAAUCAACCACCACCUAUUGCUCUCGCAUUCCUCAAUCUUCUCGACGAUCUCGGUAUUCUUCUUUUAUGUAAACCAUUACUUGAAUUAUGUAAUGUGGAAUGGAUAUCAUUAUUUGACGAUAUGGGAAUCUUUUAUCUAUGUGAGCCGAUAGGAGCUAUUAGGAGAGUAUUAAGGAAAUUGAGAAUUGGAAGAGUGGAUAGACAGAGAGGGGGUGGAAGUUGUCUAGGGAGUGAGAGUAGUAGGAGUAGCAGGGGUAGUAGGAGUAGUAGGAGUAGUAAGGAUACUUGGGAGAGGGAUACGGUGUCAUGGAUUUCGAGUUUGGUUAGUGAAAUGAGGAGUUGUAGAAGAAGUGGAAGCAACGGAAAUAGAGAAAGUAGGAAACAUUCUGUUAAUGGGAGGAGGAGUAGAGAGAGUGAGAGGCAAAGUGCGAGGGAUGAGAUGAAGAAUAAGAGGACCGCUGAGAGUAUAAGCGGAAUUGGAAGUGGAAUUGAAAGUGAAAGUAAAAAUGGAAAUAUAAGCGGAAUUGGAAUUGGAAGUGAAAGUAAGAAUGGAAGUGUAAGCGGAAUCGGAAGCGGAGGUAGAAAUGCAAGUAAAAGUGUAAUCGGAAGUAGGAAUAAGAAUAAAGGAGGAAGUAUAACCGCAAGCGAAAGAAUCAGCGGCACAAAUAGAAGAAGAAAUGAAAGAGCAGCGAGUAGUAUCGCUGCAAGUCACAUAGGACAGAGCUUGAAAGGUAUUCCGAGGGAAAAUGUAUUUUGA